CGCGUCAGUAGUCUUUCAGUUUUUCUUCUAAAUAUUUCCUGAAAUUAAUUGGGCUACACAACAAUCUGCUAUCGGCGCCGGAGCACAACCGGCGAAAGAAUCGAUUAAGGGAAUGUUUACCUCCUUCAAGCCUUCAUGUUUGCAGUGAGAAGGAAGAAGAACGAACCCUCCCGACCCGGAUUAUUGUUGUUAUAUUACUCGGAGGAGCUGUAAGAACGAUAGGACGGAGAGGGAGCUAGAGACACGGAUCCGAAACCAUUGCAACCAUUUCAUUUUAACAUCAAAUCUUGAGCAGUGAGGAGAUGUGAGGACUGGUCAGAAGGUGGCGACAUUGAGCAGACUGCGCAUCAACACGACCCCCCCACCCCCAUCUUCAGCAUGAAUGGGGAUAUGCCUCAUGUUCCCAUUACAACUCUCGCUGGGAUCGCUAGCCUCACCGACCUGUUAAACCAGCUACCCCUGCCUUCCCCUCUCCCUGCCACCACCACUAAGAGUCUGCUGUACAAUGGGAGGAUUGCCGAGGAGGUCAACUGUCUGUUGGCCUGCAGGGACGACAACCUCGUAUCCCAGCUAGCCCACAGCCUCAACCAGGUCUCCACCGAGCACAUAGAGCUGAAAGACAACCUGGGCAGCGAUGACCCGGAAGGAGACGUCCCAGUGCUGCUACAGACGGUUUUGUCCAGGAACCCCAACAUCUUCAGGGAGAAAAGUACGCCCUCCCGAUACGGGGUUCAGGGCGGUAUCAUGCAACAGCCAAUGAUACCACCGUAUAAGAUAUCUCAAAAUCAAACAAAUUACCAGCCCACCACUAUUUCACACAGUCCUCCCAGUCGGUUUGUUCCGGGCCAGACGGGCCCUGGGUCCAGGUUCAUGCCUCAGCAGAACAGCCCGGUUCCCAGUCCCUACGCUCCACCGAGCCCUGCUGGUUACAUGUCCUACCCUCAUCCCCCUGGUUACCCUCCACACCAACAGAUACCGCAAGUGUCUGUUACAAGUCCCAUGGUGUCUGGUGGCAUGAGGAACAUCCAUGACAAUAAGGUCCCAGGGCAGAUGUCAAGUAAUUCAGCCAAUCACAAUGCAAGGCACUGUUCCAGUGAGGACUACAUGAACAUGGUCCACAGAAUGGGAAAUGAGGAGAGUGAUCCCUCCUUGAGGAACUCCUCCUUCCCCCUCCAGUCACCAGGGUCCGUCUGUUCUCCAGCUGGCAGCGAAGGGACUCAGAAAGUCGGGACUCGUCCAUCACUCAUCCUCCAGUCUCCUCCUCCCUGCUCCUCACCACGGGACGCUGCGUCCGACCUCCUCCUCGACUCCCCAGACCGCAAAAAGAAACAGAAGAAGGUGGGCAAAGAGGAAGGUGACAAAUCCGCCAUGUACGACAUCGUCAGCUCCCCCUCGAAGGACUCCACUAAGCUGACGCUGAAGCUGUCGCGGGUCAAGUCGUCCGAGAUGGAACCGUCGUCGGACCUCCUGCCCGGCGUGGAGCACGGCUCUGACGCGGAGAACGAGUUGGGCUGCAACAGCCUGCCCUUCUCCCGAAACCCCCCGGACCCCUCGCACUGCCUGGCCACGGGCCAGUGCCUCCCGGGGGAACAGUCGGGCUACCAGCAGGUCCCAGUGCUUCAGAACACGGGCGCGCUCGCUGCCAAGCAACCCGGUGCCGUCAGCGGCACUCCGUACGACGAGGCAGAGAUGGACGCGCUGGCCGAGAUAGAGAGGAUAGAGCGCGAGUCGGCCAUUGAACGAGAACGCUGCUCCAAAGAGGUCCAGGAUAAAGACAAACCACUGAAGAAGCGGAAACAAGACUCGUACCCUCAGGAGCCUGGCGCAGCGGGGACUGCGGGGGCCACGGGAGGGCCUGGAGUCGGCGGCGGGGGCAACGCUGGAAACAAACUGGCGCCUCAGGAGGGCAGCGCCGCCAGUAACGGGGCGAAUCGUCCGGCCUUGAUGGUCAGCAUAGACUUACAGCAGGCGGGCAGAGCGGAGGGUCAGCUGGACUGCAUGAGUACACCCAUGCCUGCCAUGGAGGCCCAGCGAGGGCCAGAGGACAGCGCCGAGUCGGCCGGCGUUCUGCGGCUCAAGUCCAAAACGGACAGCGAGGUGCAGAGGGCUGCAGACGGGCGGCCGGAGGUCAUAAAACCCAGGUCGGACACGCCGCAGAAGCAGGGCUCGGACGGUCGACCGGACACGCCCAAACACAAGCAUGACGGCCGGCGGGAUUCUUCCGGAAAGCUCCUGGGCUCGGACAAACGGUCCGACGUGUCCAAACACAGGCACGAUGGCAAACCCGACGGUGGCAAAGUCCGACCCGAGAGCCGGGGUUCCGACGGUCCCCGGAGGCACGAGGGACGUUCUGAGUCGUCGCGAGACGGGCACAAAGAAGACCGACACAGAGACCGAGACAGGGACCGCGAUGGCCGACGCCUGGACACGCCAAAGUCCUCAAGAGGAGAUCACGACAGACACGGACGCGACAGAGACAGGGAGAGGGACAGGGAAAGGGAGAGGGACAGGGACAGGGACAGGGACAAAGAGAGGAGACACAAAACAGAGUCAGGGGAUCACCGGGACAGGCGUUCUCCAGAACAGCGAUCACGACCCGACAGCCCGCGGGUGAAGCAGGAGGGUCGCAUGGGUCCAGACUCGAGCGGCAGACCACACACCGACCGCCUUAAGACUCCCAGCAGCAAAGAGGAGCGAAGGAACGCGGAAGGCAGCAGGAACCGACCUGACGGACACAAGCAGCAGCCUCCGGACACCAAGCCAGGGGAGUUCCCCAAUUUCCUCCUUGGCGGCAAGUCUGGCGCUCUUAAAAACUUUGUGAUCCCCAAGCUGAAACGGGACAAGGAGGGGAACGGGUCUGCAGAUUCCCGACGGCCUGGGGAUCCCUGGAAUGAGCCGCGCGUCAAGCUGGAGCGACUGAGCCUGGAGAAAGAUCUGAAUAAAGGAGUAAAACCCGUGGUGGUGCUUAAGAAACUCAGCUUCGAAGAGGUUCAGAAGAUCAUCAGGGAGAGGGAAGACAGGAACGCACGCAGUUCCAAAUCCGGCAAGAACAGACCCUCCUACGGAAAAUCGUCUAAAGGGGGCAUUGAUGAAUCGGUGCUGAAGGAGCUUCCUGCUCAUCUGCUUGCAGAGAUCGAAUCCACCAUGCCUCUUUGCGAGAGAGUGAAGAUGAACAAACGCAAACGCAGCACUGUAAACGAGAGACCCAAGUACGCUGAGGUCAGCUCCGACGAGGAAAGCGAACCCGUUUGUGAGUCGGCGCCGAAACGGUCGAAGAAGGAAAGGGAUAAGACGUGGGAAUACGAAGACAGGAGGGGCUCCGGCGAACACAGACGGAGUGGAGGGUGCAGCGAAGGACGCAGGGGUUCGGGCAGCCGCUACAGAGACCGCACCCCUGACUAUUCAGACGCCGACUCUCCUCCGCCUAGUAUGAGCGACAUUGCCAGGAAAAUGAAGAAAAAGGAGAAGCAGAAGAAGAGGAAAGCUUAUGAGCCCAAAUUGACUCCAGAGGAAAUGAUGGACUCGUCAACGUUUAAGAGGUUUUCAGCGAGUGUAGACAACAUUCUGGACAGCUUAGAGGAUGUUGACUUCACGGCAUUGGCGGACGAUGACGAGAUUCCUCAAGAGCUGCUUCUUGGUAAACACCAGUUGAGUGAACUGGGUAGCGAAUCAGCCAAGAUCAAAGCCAUGGGCAUCACCUAUAGGCUUUCGUCUGACAAGCUGGUGAAGGUUUUGAACAUUCUGGAGAAGAACAUCCAAGACGGGUCCAAGCUCUCCACAAUGAUUAACUAUGACAACGAUUCGGAGGACGAGGAACGGUUGUGGCGCGACCUCAUCAUGGAGAGAGUGACCAAGUCGGCGGACGCCUGCCUGACCGCCCUAAACAUCAUGACCUCGGCUCGCAUGCCAAAGGCCGUCUACCUUGAGGACGUGAUCGAGAGAGUGCUGCAGUACACCAAGUUCCACCUCCAGAACACACUCUACCCUCAGUACGACCCCGUCUACCGGGUGGACCCUCACGGAGGUGGAAUGUUGAGCUCCAAAGCCAAGAGAGCAAAGUGCUCUACCCAUAAGCAGAGAGUGAUAGUCAUGCUGUACAACAAAGUGUGUGACAUCGUGAGUAACAUCUCUGAACUGCUGGAGAUACAGUUGUUGACGGACACUACGAUCCUGCAGGUCUCUUCAAUGGGCAUCACUCCGUUCUUUGUGGAGAAUGUGAGCGAGCUGCAACUCUGUGCCAUUAAGCUGGUCACCGCGGUGUUCUCUCGAUACGAGAAGCACAGACAGCUGAUCCUCGAGGAGAUCUUCACCUCCCUCGCAAGACUCCCCACAAGCAAGAGGAGUCUGAGGAAUUUCAGGUUAAACAGCAGUGACGUGGAUGGGGAACCUAUGUACAUCCAGAUGGUUACUGCGCUGGUGUUGCAGCUCAUUCAGUGUGUGGUCCAGUUACCCUCUGACAAAGACAGCACAGAUGACGAGUACGACAAGAAGGUGGAUCAAGAUGUCCUUAUCACAAACUCUUACGAGACUGCGAUGAGGACAGCCCAGAACUUCCUGUCCGUCUUUCUGAAAAAAUGUGGCAGUAAACAGGGAGAGGAGGACUACCGGCCGCUCUUUGAAAACUUUGUCCAGGACCUUCUCUCCACGGUCAAUAAGCCGGAAUGGCCGGCCGCCGAGCUGCUUCUCAGUCUCCUUGGACGGCUGCUGGUGCAUCAGUUCAGUAACAAACAGACAGAGAUGGCUCUGAGAGUCGCCUCGCUGGAUUAUCUGGGCACGGUGGCCGCUCGCCUGCGGAAAGACGCGGUGACGAGCAAAAUGGACCAGAGUUCAAUCGACCGCAUCCUUAGAGAGGCCUCUGGGGACGACGAGACGCAGCAGCUGCAGAAGGCUUUGCUGGACUAUCUGGACGGAAACCUGGAGACGGACCCCUCUCUCAUGUUCGCACGGAAGUUCUACAUUGCUCAGUGGUUUAGGGACACCACCACGGAAACGGAGAAGGCCAUGAAAUCCCAGAACCAGAAGGAUGACGACUCUUCUGAAGGCCAGCAUCACGCCAGGGACAUUGAGACCACCGGAGAGAUCAUGCAGAGGGCAGAGGCACGCAAGAAGUUCCUCCGUUCGAUCAUAAAGACCACGCCCUCACAGUUCAGCACGCUCAGAAUGAACUCGGACACUGUGGAUUAUGAAGACUCCUGUCUGAUCGUGCGAUAUUUGGCCUCCAUGAGGCCGUUUGCGCAGAGCUUCGAUAUUUAUUUAACCCAAAUUUUGCGAGUGUUGGGAGAAAGCGCGAUUGCCGUGAGAACUAAAGCGAUGAAGUGUCUGUCUGAGGUGGUUGCUGUGGAUCCGAGCAUUCUGGCCAGGUUGGACAUGCAGCGUGGUGUGCACGGUCGUCUGAUGGAUAACUCCACCAGUGUGAGAGAGGCCGCGGUGGAGCUGCUCGGACGCUUCGUGCUGAGUCGACCUCAGCUCACGGAGCAGUACUACGACAUGCUCAUCGAGAGGAUACUGGACACGGGUAUCAGUGUGAGGAAGAGGGUGAUUAAAAUCCUGCGAGACAUCUGUCUGGAGCAGCCCACCUUCAGCAAGAUCACAGAGAUGUGUGUGAAAAUGAUCCGCAGGGUGAACGAUGAGGAAGGCAUCAAAAAACUGGUAAACGAAACAUUCCAGAAACUCUGGUUUACCCCUACACCCAGCCAUGAUAAAGAUGCCAUGACCAGAAAGAUUCUCAACAUCACUGAUGUGGUUUCUGCCUGCAGGGAUACUGGAUACGACUGGUUUGAGCAACUGCUCCAAAACCUUCUGAAGACAGAAGAGGAUGCCUCCUACAAGCCGGCCAGAAAGGCCUGCGUACAGCUGGUCGACAACCUAGUGGAACACAUACUGAAAUACGAGGAGUCUCUCGCAGACUGUGAGAAUAAAGGAGUAAACUCAAAUCGGUUAGUGGCGUGUAUCACCACUCUAUACCUGUUCAGCAAGAUCAGAGCCCAGUUAAUGGUGAAGCAUGCAAUGACCAUGCAACCGUACCUGACGACAAAAUGCAACACUCAGAAUGAUUUCAUGGUGAUCUGUAAUGUAGCAAAGAUCCUGGAGCUAGUUGUUCCUCUGAUGGAGCAUCCAAGCGAGACGUUUAUGGCCACUAUUGAGGAAGACCUGAUGAAGCUCAUCAUCAAAUAUGGCAUGACGGUUGUACAACACUGUGUUAGCUGUCUUGGCGCUGUGGUUAACAAGGUUACUCACAACUAUAAAUUUGUCUGGGCUUGCUUCAAUCGCUACUACGGUGCCUUGAGCAAGCUGAAGACUCAGCAUCAGGAGGACCCCAACAGCACAGUACUAACGACCAACAAGCCAGCGCUGCUCCGCUCUCUCUUCACUGUGGGGGCGCUGUGUCGACACUUUGACUUUGACAGGGAAGAGUUCAAGGGCAACAGCAAGGUUGUUAUUAAAGACAAGGUCCUGGAGCUGCUCCUGUACUUUACGAGGAAUGAGGAUGAGGAGGUGCAGACAAAGGCCAUUAUUGGUUUAGGCUUCCUGUUCAUCCAGUACCCAGGCCUCAUGUUUGUGCCGGACGUGAAGACCCUAUAUAACGACAUCCUCUCCGACAGGAAGAAAUCGGUUAACCUCAAGAUUCAAGUGCUGAAGAACCUACAGACAUAUUUACAGGAGGAAGAUUCCAGAAUGCAGGAGGCAGACCGCGAGUGGAAGAAACUUUCCAAGCAGGAGGAUCUGAAGGAGAUGGGAGACAUCUCGUCGGGAAUGAGCAGCUCCAUCAUGCAGCUCUAUCUGAAACAGGUGCUGGAGUCGUUCUUCCACACGCAGUCCAGCGUACGACACUUUGCCCUUAACGUCAUCGCGCUGACGCUCAACCAGGGCCUCAUUCAUCCUGUACAGUGUGUUCCCUAUUUGAUCGCCAUGGGAACGGACCCAGAGCCCACCAUGAGGAACAAAGCUGAUCAACAGCUGGUUGAAAUCGAUAAGAAAUACACGGGAUUCAUUCAUAUGAAGGCUGUGGCAGGAAUGAAGAUGUCCUAUCAGGUCCAGCAGGCUAUUGUGGGGACAACCAACACCAUCAUCAGGGGUUUCCGUCAGGACGAGACGCAUUCAGCUCUCUGCUCUCAUCUCUUCACCAUGGUGCGCGGGAACAGACAGCACCGGCGAGCUUUCCUCAUCUCCCUGCUCAACCUGUUCGACGACAGCUCGAAAACAGAGGUGAACAUGCUGCUGUUUAUCGCAGACAAUCUGGCCUGUUUCCCAUACCAGACCCAGGAAGAGCCGCUCUUCAUCAUGCAUCACAUAGACAUCACCCUGUCUGUGUCAGGCAGCAACCUGCUCCAGUCUUUCAAAGAGACUUUGUUGAAGGAACCAAGGCGGCGGGAGAAGAAAGUACGGGAAAGGAAGUACAGCUCGGACGAGGAUGAGGAGGACGAAGAGGGACACAGCAGCAGGAUGAACAGCAGCGAUGAGGAAGAUGAGGUAGUACGGAGGCCGAAGAAGCACAAGCGAGCUCCGGUGGAAUCGGACUCGGACUCGGACCUGGACUUGGAGGACGUGGAUAAAGUGAUGCAGCGGCUGCCCGACAACCCCGACACGGUCCUGCUGGAUUUCGCCAACGCUUCUCAGGGCAUCCUGCUCCUCCUAGUGCUGAAACAGCACCUGAAAAACCUCUACGGCUUUUCUGAUAGUAAAAUCCAGAAGUACUCGCCGACAGAAUCAGCGAAGGUGUAUGACAAGGCGGUUAACAGGAAGCCCAACGUGCACUUCAGCCCACGCCAGACGCUCGACUUCCUUUCCAGCAACCUGUCGAACGCGGACCUCACGUACGACAUCAGGAGGAGGAUCAUCAGGCAGUACUUGGACUUUAAGGUACUGAUGGAGCACUUGGACCCAGACGAGGAAGACGAGGAGGGUGAGGCGUCGGCCAACGCCAGAAACAAAGCCAUCUCCGCUCUGCUGGGCGGCUCCAGCCCUAAAAACAAUGCUGCUGACAGCGAGGAUGACGACAGUGACGGAGACGAGAAGGCUCCGGGGUCGUCACGGCGAUCCAGGAAAGGCGGCGAUUCCGCGGAGACGUUAGGUCACAUGAACGAAACGGUAGAAGCCAUGGACGUGGUGGCCAUCUGUUGCCCCAAGUACAAAGACAGGCCGCAGAUCGCCCGCGUCAUCCAAAAGACUAGCACUGGCUACAGCGUGCACUGGAUGGCAGGCUCCUACUCAGGCUCGUGGGCGGAGGCCAAGAAACGCGACGGACGUAAACUGGUGCCUUGGGUGGACAAUAUUAAGGAAUCAGACAUCAUUUACAAGAAAAUCGCCUUGACAAGCGCGCACAAGCUGACUAACAAAGUGGUUCAGACUUUACGAUCACUUUAUGCAGCCAAGGAGGGGACUUCCAGCUAAUUAAUCUACAGUUCGUUCUACACAAACUAUCUGCAGUCAAAAAUUUAUUUGGAUCCAACAUUUUCUAAACCAACCCAGAAAGGCAAGGAUACUACACAGACUCAUUAUACUUGAGAUACAACGUUAGAGGAGGAAAAUAGU